GUCGAAACGACAGAGGCGAAGCGAGCCGGUGAAGUCGGAAGUUUUUGGCUACGCCGUUCCACUGUGCCGACGCCACCAGUACUUGUGUGAUCGUGUCGUUGGUGUAAGCGUUCGCCCAUUUCGACGUUCAGUGUACACUUAUUCAUCUUUCCAGAGAGCCAGAAAUACCGAGUUUUGUUUGUGUCGGUUUUCUGCUCGCUGUGACACAGUACAGAGGCUAUCUAGGCAGUAGUGUCGAAAACGAUUUUCCACCGUACUUGUCACCGUCGACACUAAACGCACAGAAUGCCGUCGGAUGCUAAGAAGAAACGUGAUGCGAAGAAGAAGGAAGCUUUAAAGAACCGGAAUAAUCCUACAAAGAAAGCUGAUUCGCCGGGUGGUGACGAUGCUACGAAUGGCGUUAAUGGAACGACCACAAAUGGAGUGAUCGUCGAAUACUCGGAGGAUGAGAUGGACGAGGUAACGAAAAAGUUCGAGGAAGACAUGAAACUGAAUGCGGCCGCGAGAGCCGUCACCGGCGUUCUGUCUAUUCACCCUCGAUCGCGUGACAUUAAAAUCGAGAACCUUUCAAUUACGUUCCACGGUUGGGAGGUCCUACAAGACACUAAGCUCGAACUGAACUGUUGUCGGCGCUACGGUCUGAUUGGCCUGAACGGCUGCGGUAAAUCGACCUUGCUAUCGGCUAUUGGUCGACGUGAGUUACCCAUUCAGGAAUGUUUGGAUAUCUACCAUUUAACACGUGAAUGCCCCCCCUCAGAGAAAACAGCUCUGCAGAUGGUUCUCGAUGUCGACAAGGAGCGAGCUCGGUUAGAAAAGUUGGCCGAGGAACUUGCUGCGUCCGACGACGAUACUAGCCAGGAACAGCUAAUGGAUGUAUAUGAACGUCUUGAUGCUAUGAGUGCCGAUACUGCGCUCGCUAAAGCAUCCUACAUCUUGCACGGUCUGGGAUUCACUCAAAGUAUGAUGCACAAGAAGUGUAAAGACUUUUCUGGAGGUUGGCGUAUGCGAAUUGCGCUUGCCCGCGCCCUCUACGUCAAGCCGCACAUUCUUCUGUUAGACGAACCCACAAACCAUUUGGAUCUCGAUGCCUGUGUAUGGCUCGAAGAAGAACUCAAGACCUAUAGUCGUAUUCUCAUUCUGAUAUCUCAUUCACAAGAUUUCCUUAAUGGCGUCUGUACAAAUAUCAUUCACAUGAACCUGCGAAAGCUCGAGUACUAUGGCGGUAACUAUGAUCAGUUUGUCAUCACUCGUAACGAAAUGCUUGAAAAUCAAAUGAAACGCUAUAACUGGGAGCAGGCACAGAUGUCCCAUAUGAAAGACUACAUUGCUCGAUUUGGUCAUGGCUCAGCAAAACUGGCCCGUCAGGCCCAGUCUAAAGAGAAGACCCUCGCCAAAAUGGUAGCUGGUGGGCUAACAGACAAGGUUGUCUAUGAUAAGACUGUCAGUUUCUACUUCCCAUCGUGUGGGACGAUUCCGCCUCCCGUCAUCAUGGUACAAAAUGUGUCAUUUCGGUACACUGAUAAGACGCCAUUCAUUUACAAGAAUCUCGAGUUUGGCAUGGACUUAGAUACCAGAGUUGCCCUGGUGGGACCCAAUGGAGCAGGCAAAUCCACGCUAUUAAAGCUGCUCUGUGGAGCCCUAGUGCCUACCGAUGGAAUUAUCCGGACGCACUCUCAUCUUAAAAUCGCCCGCUACCAUCAGCAUUUGCAUGAAUCGCUUGAUGUUGAUUUGUCCGCACUUGAGUACAUGAUGAAGAGCUUUCCUGACGUGCGCGAAAAAGAAGAGAUGCGAAAGAUCAUCGGAAGAUACGGCCUUACCGGACGUCAACAAGUGUGUCCCAUCCGACAGCUGUCUGAUGGUCAGAAAUGUCGUGUCGUGUUUGCUUGGCUAGCGUGGCAGGUUCCGCAUAUGCUCUUCCUCGACGAACCUACGAAUCACCUGGAUAUGGAGACGAUUGACGCACUAGCCGAAGCCAUAAAUAACUUUGAAGGAGGCAUGGUGCUCGUAUCCCACGACUUCCGGCUCAUUUCGCAGGUUGCCAACGAGAUCUGGGUGUGUGAGAACCAAACUGUCACCAAAUGGCGUGGCGACAUUAAAACGUACAAACAACACCUGAAGAACAAAGUUAUGAAAGAAAUGGAAAAGAUGCGUGCCUGAACAAGGAAAAUGAAGUAAAGAUCAUCGCGCUGCUCUGCACUCUUUCUCAAUUUUGAGCCGAUCGCUAAUUCGCUCAUUGAAAUAACAUAAGAAAAGUACAGCGAAAUGUACAAGGUAGAACUUGUAGACGCACAUACAUUUGAUUGUAGUGAGUUGCUCACUGGAGUCGAAAUGGCAUAACGUAAUCUGCCUAGAUCGCAGAUCGAUCUUCGCCGUUGUUCGGACUCGAGCGUCUUCAACUACACCGCACUAUUGUCUGUCGAGUUUCUAUUUCCUUUGAUGAGAAGCAAGCAAGUUGCCUGCUGAGUAGCUAAUGUCGCGGAAGAAGGCGAGCAGAUUGCUCACUACCUACAAGGGUAUCACCUGUCUUUCGUGGCCAUAGACAUAAAUGACAGGCCGAUACAUGGUGUAUUAUAUGAAUAUGAUAUAGAUUGUCGGCUCUACUAUAAAAACAAUACAAUAUAUAAACAUUUCUUAAUAAUAAUAGCUUAAUAUUAAUUGAAUCAACAUUUGACUUCUUAUUACUUUUGAGAGCAGUUAUGUGCUAGUAACAUACAAGUUGAAGGCCAACAUAUGUUAAAGAAUGACUUCGCUACCCCUGAACUUUUGCAAAGCCGACAAUUUGAAUUGUCUAGACAAGAUCUAUUAUUACUGCAGCUAUUGUUAUUAUUAUAUUAGCGUAGUAAGACCGAGCAGUGAGAGACUGGAGGCGAGAGCAGAAGAAACGGGCUAUAUAAGCAGGAGGUGUAGGCGAAAUUUGCGCAGCAGGUAGAGGCCGGUAAGAGGGCUUAGAGGUGGGAAAUAAACGUGACAGCUUAGUUGUAAAUGCAAAUGAUAUCAUCGAAAACAGUUCAGUCGUAUAGCACAGGCAGAAGGUGAUGAACUAGGUAGUUACUGCAAAAAUGCGAUUUGCGACCACUGAUGAAAAUAUCCACAAUCAUAGAGGAGACAAAUAUUACGAACGUUAAAGAAGCAUUAAAUAUAACAACCGGUCUAUUCCUACCAGCUGCGCGAAAAACACUUAAAAGUCGACAUCAGAGUCUUAUAGGAGUUCGUCAAUUAAUAAUAGUAAGAAUAAAUGAUUUAUUAAUCAUUUAUUAAGCGGGAACAAAUAUCUAGGGGGUUGAAGGAAUAAUUAUGACUAUUUUAUUAUAUU